GAAGGAUGGUUCUGGAGAUUUAUGCAUGAAGAGUUGACCCCAAGAGGAGUGAGCCCGCUGAGCCGCCCUCCGAGGCACUCCCCGAUCCCUGCAACAGAGAACCAGAUUGAUUACAUGAGCCCCACCGCCUCUGUCACCUUCCCCACCCCAGGCCACCUGCUCUCCCCCGCGCCCGCCCGGAGUCCCUCCUGUCGCCAGUUUCCUGCUACCAACUUGAAAGCCAGAGAGGAAAAUCGGGGACUUCCAAGUGGUAGCCCCACAUUCUGUCUUCGGCUCUGUCUCCGAGCUGUGAUCGCAGUGCCCAUUCCGGGGAGUAGGAGUGAACCGGGCCGACCUGCCCCGAGCGGGCCAGAAGAAGAGAUGCAUAGGGCCAGCCAUGCUCAGCAUCCAGGGACCUUUCUUCUUCCUCUUUGUCUUCACGGCUUCCUUCAUAUUUCACAUUCAGCGGCGGAUAGUGAAGAUUCAACCCAUACCGGAGGCACAGAUGCUGGAACAAGUGACGAAUGCGAACAGCACGAGCCACGUGCCCAGGGGCAUGUGGACGGUCAACGCGAUAGGCCGCCUUGGGAACCAGAUGGGUGAGUACGCCACCCUGUACGCCCUGGCCAAGAUGAACGGCCGGCCGGCCUUCAUCCCCGCGCAGAUGCACAACACGCUCGCGCCCAUCUUCAGAAUCACCCUCCCGGUCCUGCACGACACCACGGCCAGCAGGGUCCCCUGGCGGAACUACCACCUGAACGACUGGAUGGAGGAGCGGCACCGCCACAUCCCCUGGGAGUACGUGCGCCUCACCGGCUACCCCUGCUCCUGGACCUUCUACCACCACCUGCGCGCCGAGAUCCUCCGGGAAUUCACCCUGCACGACCACGUGCGCGAGGAGGCCCAGAGUUACCUGCGGGGCCUGCAGGUGAAUGGGAGCCGGCCGAGCACCUUCGUGGGGGUCCACGUGCGCCGGGGGGACUACGUCCACGUCAUGCCGCAGGUGUGGAAGGGCGUGGUGGCCGACCGGCGGUACCUAGAGCAGGCGCUGGACUGGUUCCGGGCCCGCUACCGCGCCCCCAUCUUUGUGGUCACCAGCAACGGCAUGGCCUGGUGCCGGCAGAACAUCGAUGCCUCCCGGGGCGACGUGGUGUUUGCUGGCGACGGCGCCGAGGGCUCUCCCGGGAAGGACUUUGCGCUGCUCACGCAGUGCAACCACACCAUCAUGACCAUCGGGACCUUCGGGAUCUGGGCCGCCUAUCUCGUGGGUGGAGUAACCAUCUACCUCGCCAACUACACCCUCCCGGACUCUCCCUUCCUCAAAGUCUUUAAGCCAGAGGCAGCCUUCUUGCCGGAGUGGAUCGGGAUUGCCGCAGACCUGUCCCCACUUCUCAAGCAGUGAGAGCGGCCUGUCCUUGGCACCACCUUCUCUUUUUCUGCCUCCUCCAGAUCCAUUCUGAGGCAUAAACAGCACACUGUUACCUACACGAGGGCCCUUCCCUCUUGCAUCAGAAUACUCCUGGCUGCGAGUAACAGAAGUCCCAAGGAACUUGUUUAAUUAACAUGGCUCGGCAAACUGAGCACUGGUCUUCAAACCACAAGGUCGCUGGUUCGAUUCCCAGUCAGGGCACAUGCCUGGGUUGUGCACCAUGGCUCCAGCAGGGGGUGUGGGAGAGGGAAGGGUUCCCUUCCCCUCUCUCUACAAGUAAAUAAAUAAAAUCUUUUUUUAAAAAAGCCAUGAAUCUGUUGAUGAAACUACAUCAUCUGUCAUGUACAAGUGCCCCCAUUUUGAAUUUGGCUGGUUGAGCCCCCUUGUGCCUUUCCAUGUGUUCCCGUGGUUCCUCUCUAUUUCCAGCUAACCGGGGUGAGAGCUAAAGAGUGUCUGCGUAAAUCUGGACGACGAGGAAAAGAAAGCUUUGCUGGAAAAAAAAAAUAUAUUGAAAAUACACCCUGAAGAAGGAACCUGACAGGUUUACAGAGCCAGCGAGCAGAGACGGCGGGGGCAGCGCGGUGAUCCUGGAAGUGAGGCCAGGAGAUCAGUGAGAUGAUGCAACUUCAAGAUUUCCCACAAAGCUAAAAUUAUGCAACCACAUGGUGCUGGCAUAAAAGACAGACAAGUGGAACUCAAAACAAAGUCCAGAAGUGGGCCACCCAUAUGUGACCACCUGAUUUAUGACAAAGACAUCAACGCAGUUCAGUGGGGAGAAUGAAAGAACUUUUCUUAAAAAAAAAAAAGAUAUUAUUUCUUUUUAGAGAGGGGAAGGGAGAGGGAAAUCAAUGUGUGGUUGCCUCUUGAGCACCCCCUACUGGGGUCCUGGCCUACAAUCCAGCCAUGCACCCUGACUGGGAAUCGAACUGGUGAUCCUUUGGUUUGCAGGCCAGCACUCAAUCCACUGAGCCACACCAGCCAGGGCAAAAGAGCUUUUGGAUGAAUGGAAGCAAUCCAUUACUCCUAUGGAAAAAGGAACUCUUGACCUCUACCUCACACCAUACACAACCACUAAUUCACCAUGAGUCACAGACCAAACUGUGCAAGCUGAGAGCAUAAAACUUCUAGAAUAAAAUAUAGGGGAAUAAUGA